AUGGCGCCGAAACUGUAUACGAUGAUAGAAUCUGGCAACAGCUACAAGGUUCGCCUACUGGCUGCCUUGCUCUCGAUAGACCUGGAACAGGUGGAGAUCGACCUUGCCAAUGGUCAGCAUCGCACCCCAGAGUUUCUCUCUAUCAACCCCCGAGGGGAAGUGCCUACAUUGGUAGAUGGUGACGAGACGUUCACAGACUCAGCAGCCAUCCUGGUAUACCUCGCAGGAACAUACCCAGACAAGAAAUCUUCGAGGCAAGCACCAUCCACUUACUGGUCAGCGGACAUCACCGAGCAAGCCAAGAUUGUGGACUGGCUGGCAUUUGCAGCAAGCUGGGUCCAAUAUGGGGUUUUCACUGCGCGAGGUAUAGUGUCCUUCCAGGGGACAUAUAAUGGGAUCGGGUCAAAAGUGCGAGAAGGGGCUCUCGAGGAGGCCACCGCUCGCGGGCACAAGUCUCUCGAGAUCCUACAGAAAAAGUUGGAAAAGGAGGACUGGCUAGCACUCAAGAGGCCCACGAUCGCAGAUGUUGCGGUAUUUGUGUAUGUGGCCCUGGCCCCUAUGGGAGAUAUAUCGUUGGAACCUUACCCGGCAGUGUUGGCGUGGAUUGCCCGGAUCAAAAGUUUGCCAGGGUUCAUACCAAUACAAGGCUUGGAAGAUCCUCUUUACCGCCGGCGAUGA